UAAGAAAGCAAACCAGUGAGGUUAGACUGCUUGCAUUUAAAAGCAAAACUCGACAAUUUUCCGGCAGAAAGAGAACAGAUUGCGGUAGACCAACGACUCCUCGUAAGGCUAUUACAGUUUACCAUGAAAAGGCACUUGAAGGCAUGUCUUUGGGUCCUUUGUUUUGCCUCCACGGCGUUAUCCAGCCUUGCGGAGACCACUUCGCCCAAACCAACGCUGGCUUCGGCGUUUAGUGGAAAAUCCAAAACAACCGCUGUUAGCACUGCCCUGAAGGCGAAUAAGACGGCGAGUGAGCUCCUACCUAUGGUCAUCAACACUUGGAACUUCACGGCCGCCAAUGUGCUGGCCUGGCGGAUCCUCAAGCAGAGCAAGGGUGGACUCCGGCAGACGCGGAACGCAGUAGUGGAGGGCUGCUCGAAGUGUGAGAAGCUGCAGUGUGACCGGACAGUGGGCUAUGGCGGAUCCCCGGACGAGUUGGGCGAAACCACGCUGGAUGCAAUGGUCAUGGACGGGGCCACCAUGGAAGUGGGGGCGGUGGCUGGCCUGCGGCGCAUUAAGGAUGCUAUUAAGGUGGCCCGGCACGUUCUAGAACACACGCAACACACCAUGCUGGUGGGUGAUGCGGCGUCCGCUUUCGCCAAUGCUAUGGGAUUCGAGUCAGAGUCGCUGGUCACGCCGGAGUCGAAGGAUAUGUGGUUGCAGUGGACGGCGGAAAACUGUCAGCCAAACUUCUGGAAGAACGUUCACCCGGAUCCCAAGGUCUCCUGCGGGCCGUACAAACCGCGGCCGACUCCCCUGACCCGCUGGAAGGAGGACCGUGCCCGGAAUGAGUACGAGAUUGGAAGGAAGAACCACGACACCAUUGGCAUGAUUGCUAUCGACGUGGAAAGCAACAUCCACGCCGGCACCUCCACCAACGGGGCGCGUCACAAGAUUCCCGGACGGGUGGGAGAUUCCCCCAUUCCGGGUGCCGGUGCUUAUGCCGACAACGAGGUGGGUGCAGCCGUAGCCACCGGAGACGGAGAUGUGAUGAUGCGCUUCCUGCCCUCAUUGCUCGCAGUAGAAGCGAUGCGAGCAGGAAAGCCCCCGGUGGAUGCAGCUCAGGAGAGCCUUCGCCGCAUUAUUAAGCACCACAAGGACUUUAUGGGUGCCCUCAUCGCCGUGGAUCGGCUAGGAAGGUAUGGCGCCGCCUGCUACGGACUGGACGAAUUCCCCUUUAUGGUAAGCAGUCCAGCCGGAAGAGAUGGGCCCACGCGCUUGGAAACGGUCAAAUGUAUAGCUGGUCAAGACAAAGUAAAUAUCGUUUCGUUGUGAGAUGGCGGAAACUGUAAGGGAUUUCAAUAAAAUGUAUAAUUCGUUGGGAA